AUGGCGCUGAAGGGUACCUCAGCACUCCAAUCUGGCCAGCCCCUGGAGCGCUUAUAUGACUUCGUAUCAGACGAUUAUGCAAGUACGGAACCGAUGGUCAUUAGGUUCAAGCAUGUGGAGCCGUCUCGUGACGGUACAAAAUGGCGUCGUCAAGGCACAAAGUGGGGCCGAACCCUAACACAAGGUCUCCUCUUUCUUACGGACCCCGAGUGUCAACCUGCUCGGCACAUACGAGGCGGUUGUUAA